CCCAUCUGGCCCAUAUACAUAAACGGUUUGACAGGAGCAGUGCAGGAGCGGUGGACGUUUAUAAACGGCCUCCACAUUCACUGCUUGUGCGAGCUCCCUGGAAGAGCACGGCAUCGUGAUCCGGUGCCCGCUGUGUCCAGAGAACACCGAUUGCUGUACGGGACCUCUGUGUGAGGUCCCAAUUCAUGUGAUCACUGAUUGACCAAUCAGUGAUCACAUGCAGAGUAGUAAGCAAGACGUCACUUCUGACAUCAUUGCUUACUACGUAUGAAAUCUGUGAAUGAUCACAGAGGUCACAUGG